ACGCCUGCAUAUGCAGUAAUCGGCAGUGGCGUUCCAGAUUCUGCUGAGUACGUGGUCGAUCCAGAGGAAAGGGCGGACAACAGCAUUCAUGCUGGACUCAUAACUAGGUUUCUGCAAGCAUCUGCCGAUAUUGAAGCUGAAGCUGUGUUAAUGAGAAUGGGUGUCCGCGAUAUGAUGGAUUCUGUGAUGGAGGAAAGUACACAUGCCGUCAUAGCAACAGCAACGGUAGUUGCAGGGCCAUCGUCUCCAGCAAAAGAAAGCAGUGAGGCUUAUGAUGAGAUGCUGGAAAGACACCAUGACAGCCUCAUAGAUGAUGAUGCUGCACAAAAUGAGGAAAUGACAGCAGAUGGACUGUUUGCAUCAUCCGUUCAAAUUUUGUAUGAUGUGAAUGAAAUGAAGGUUCCAUUCAUUGACUUGGUGACAAGCGUUGCUGUAAAUGACAAUGAAGUCAUUGAUAUAGCAUCAGUUGUUGCAGUGCCAUUGAUUGACCUAACCAUAAGCAGUCCAAACACCUCGGCCAACACAGGGCCAGAGCAAACGGAUCGGGCUCCAAGGGUGGGUUACAUGAAGACGGAAGAUAUGGCAGAUAACCCGGAUAGUGAAGAAGCAGAACGGGAAGGACAAAAAGAGGAAAUGCCAGCAAAUAGGACAACAUGUGAGUUACAUGCCAGGCUAUCUUAGCAAUGACAGUUGAUUACG